AUUAUAUUCCACUUCCAAUGCCUCAGCAGUGAAGCAGCUUCACAACUACAACUCCAUUACACCCAUACCACUCGAUGCGCAGCCUCCUACGCCUAUCGAAACGUACACACAUCCCACCACCACGAACCCACCCACCCAACCUCUCAAUCAACACACGAAUCAACCCCUCACCCCUCCAAAAAAUGAACUCCUCCACCGACACCCCCUCCACCUCCACCACAACCACCACCCCCCAAAAACGCAUCUUUGCACCCGCAACCGGCAUCUCCCCAAACACGCCCAACACCGCCCCACAAGCAGCCCAAUACACCCAAUCCACCCUCUCCCUCACCUCCCUCUCCGCCGACCCCCUCGCCCAAUUCCACACCUGGUUCGAGCACGCCCAGUCCCACGCCGUCCACCAGCCCGAAACCGUCACGCUAGCCACCGCCUCCCUGCCCUCAGGCGCGGUAAGCGCACGCAUGGUCUACCUCAAAGAACUCGACUCGCGCGGCUUCGUGGUGUACAGCAACUGGGCUACCUCGCGCAAGGCGGCGGACGUGGCGAGUAACCCGCAGGCCAGCCUCGUGUUUUGGUGGCGCGAGGUGGAGAGGCAGGUGCGUGUGGAGGGCCCGACGGAGCGGUUGACGAGGGAGGAGAGUCAGGUUUAUUUUGAUACGCGGGUGCGGGGGAGUCGGGUUGGGGCGUGGGCGAGUGCGCAGAGUGAGGUACUGGGUGGGGGGAGGGAGGAGUUGGAGGGAAGGGUCCGGGAGGUGGAGGAGCGGUUUGAGGGCUGUGACCGGAUUCCGGUGCCGGAGUUUUGGGGCGGUUUGAGGGUUGUGCCGCGCAUGGUGGAGUUUUGGCAGGGGAGGGAGAGUCGGUUGCAUGAUCGGUUUCGGUAUGUGAGGGAGAGUGAGGAGGGGGAGUGGAAGGUUGAGAGGUUGAGUCCGUGAGUGGGGAGAAUGGGGGGAGAGAUGAUAUAUGUGCUGGUUUGGGCACAUGGUAAGAUGGGUUUGCUGAAUCUAUGGAGUGUUCUGCACGAUUCACACUUGUUUCUAUUUCUACAAGAGGGCUCGUGCUGAGUUGUGUUACUAUAAUGCAAUUCAUCAUCGGAUUGCAGCUGCAUAUGCAAGAGUUUCGAAGCCACCAGGGUCUCCUACCAUCAAGGAAACGCCUCUUCCCUCUCUGAGACUUACCUCCAGCUCUCGGCAUGAUCAUGUGAUCUCCACGCUCGCAGCUCUCCAGGUAUCAUUAUAUGGUUUUUCAUCACUUCGUAGCUUCAUAGUCGGACGACAAAUUCCCAUGUGCCGAACAUAGUCCCCAGUUCUCA